UCGGUAGCAGCAGUGGCAGGAGGCUCUGCCCACCCACCCAGACAUUAUCAUGGAUGCUCUGUGCAUUCGCAGAUGUGGCACACACACUCACAUUUGUGAAACUGCAGCAAAGGUAAGUGAAAACCAAUACUGAUAAUACAAAAAAUAACAUACAUUGUACAUGUCAUACAGUGGAAACAUGAAAAAGGAUGGAGUUUAACUGGUUGCCUGGCUGCCAUCCACUUCUUGAAUCCUGGAUUAAUUGCGUAAAAGGAAGUUUACAAACUGACCAGCUUGCCCCAUACUUCAGCAACGGUCCCGUUCCACAUCCAGUUGCAUCCAGAAGGGGAGAUUUCAUCACCAGAGUAGUCAGAGUAUGCAUAUAUAGCCUGGAAGGGCUGGGAAAGCUUUGAGACCUCACCUUCAGCAUCAACUGCUCCAAAGAGUCCUACUUCAGUCAAGUUCAGUGAGGAAUCAUGAAGCCAGGAAGCUUUCUGAUGCUCACUCUGCUGCUCUUCUUCUUGUACUCCAACAUUGCUGCCCAAAAAAUCAAUUUAAAACAAUACUGUCAGAGAUACCCAAGCAAAUUCUGCACCAUGGAGUAUCAAGCCCACUGUGGCUCUGAUGGCAAAACCUAUGGCAACAGAUGUGACUUCUGCAAUGCCUAUGUUCAAAGCCGUGGAAGACUUCAGCUGAGAUAUCUUGGACAAUGUGUGAAAUUUGAAGAUUAAAGAGCAUUUGCCCGAGAAUAUCCCAUAAUCUUGACACCUUGUUCAUUAACAACCCCAUGAAAACAUCUGUUCUUCCCUCUUCUUCUGCUCUGUUGCUCUAUUAAAUGUCUUAAUCUGACUUAUCAAUA